AUGGCUCAAUCUGUGCCCCAGACCCUCUCUCUCGAUCUAUCCCAAUAUCCCAAACUGUCGCCCGCUCAAUUAGGUCACCUCCGCCAUUUCCACAACCUCGCAUUUCAGCCGGAUGGAGAGUGGGCAAAGAUGGGGGCUCAAGAACCCCUCCAAGAGUUCCUUGACGCCUAUCGCUAUCAACUCGCCACAAUGGCCUACGCUGUCGGCGUCGCUCAUUAUCAUCGCUUGCCAGCUCUUCGCUCCAUAUUCAAACCCCUCCUCCGCCAGCUGAUCCAUAAGAUGCUGCGCAAAGAGGUCUGGGCUUACUGGUUCAACACUAGUCUAGGCGGGACGCGCACCGAUCCAGGUUUACAAAAGCUCAGAGAACCGUGGGCCGAUCCUGUCGUAAGGGAGAACAUCAUGUACAGCGGUCAUCUUCUGCUGAUGACCAGUCUCUACGCCAUGCUCUUCGACGACGAUGAAUUCGAGAAGCCCGAAUCCCUGGUUUUCAAAUGGGACCCUAUCUUUUUCGGUCUCGGUGAUGAGACUUUCUUCUACGACAAUCGCAGCCUCCAGGCAGCCAUUACUAGAGAAAUGGAAAGGAAUGGAUGGGUUGGUGUCUGUUGCGAGCCAAACGUGGUCUUUGUCGUCUGCAACCAAUUUCCAAUCAUUGCAAUGAAAUACAACGAUUCUCGCGACGGUACCAACAAGGUCGACGACGUUCUGGCCAAGUACAAGGCCGCUUGGGAUAAGAAAGGGAUGGUUGCUUCCAAUAACCUCCUUAUCGACUUUUGGAUGGUCAAACAAGACUAUAUCGUCCCUCCUACAGAUGUGGGAUGGACCGCAUGGGCUGGCGCUUUUAUGCACUCCUGGAACCCCCAACUUGUGGAGAGUCUCUAUCCAAAACAGGCGCCCGGUUUCAUUACCAACAUCUCGGGCCGGGUCCGCCUGCAACCGCCAAUUGUAGCCAACCACUACCGCAAACUUUCAGCAGCAGCAUCCCCGUCCAUAUCCGAUCGGGACAGGCUCGAGAAAGCCAUUGAUCUUGCCAAAGCCGACCUUGCCCAAAAUCCGGUGCCGAAUUUCCCGUACACCAAACCCUGCUUCGGAUAUGUUGUCCAAUGGCUCUCUGAACUCGGUCAAACAGAGCUUCUUGACGGCCUAUUCGCAUAUGCCGAUCAAGACCUGAAUCCAACGUGGGACAAUGGCGGACUCUUCUAUCCUCGCAACGACACCCCCUUCAUCUUCACCCGAGACAAAGAGGACGGCGAGGGUGUCAAAUGGACACACGUCUCUCCUUUCUGCGGCAAUGCCGCGAUCGGGUACGCACGAGUCAAUGUCAAAGAUGGACAACGCAUCAUGUACGAAAAUCCGUGGACAAGAGAGUCACUCGCCCAUACGCCGUGGAUCGACAACCUCGACUUCGUGGGGAAGGAACACGGAGUCAGUGUACGUCGCGGCGUGUGGGAUAAGGAUGCUCACGCGUUGAUCCUGACGUUGAAGGGAUGGGACUUUGAGGGACGAGCGUGUCCUGAGAAAGUGGGCGUUGAGCCUGUAGCGCGGAAUCUAGGACCAGGCAAGUGGGCCGUCUAUGUCGAUGGGAAGUUGCGCGCGAGCAAAGAGUUGCAUGGUCCGGCCAGGGAUGAUUUCAAGGUUAAUUGUGAUGUCAAGAGAGGACAGGAGGUUGACGUGGUGUUUAUGAGGGUUGAUGGUGGGAUGAACGGUCAUGCCAACGGGCAUUCCCGUUAG